AUGCAUAACAAUCAGAAGGAGCAUUUGUACAAAAUCCUAGUCAUCUGUGAUUUGGGAGUGGGAAAGACCAGCAUCAUCAAACGCUAUGUGCAUCAGACGUACUCCUCUAACUACAGAGCGACCAUCGGAGUGGAUUUUGCACUCAAAGUUCUCAACUGGGACUCAGAGACGGUCCGGCUGCAGCUGUGGGACAUCGCAGAUCAGGAGCGGUUCGGGAACAUGACAAGGGUUUAUUACCGGGAGGCCAUGGGGGCGUUCAUUGUUUUUGAUGUUACCAGACCCACCACGUUUGAGGCUGUCUCCAAAUGGAAGGAGGAUCUGGACUCAAAAUUAAUACUUUCAAAUGGCCAGCGUAUAGCCACAGUGCUCCUGACCAAUAAGUCCGACCAAAAUAGAGACUUUCUGUCUAACAACAGCCUGAAGAUGGACCAAUACUGCAAGGAGAAUGGAUUUGUGGGCUGGUUUGAGACAUCUGCUAAGGAAAACAUCGAUAUUAAUGAAGCUGCCAACUUCCUUGUGAAACGCAUAAUAGCCAGCGAGAAUGAUAUCUUGAAAUCAGUGGUUCCAGAUACCAUUUCUCCUCAGCUCAACUCAGAUAAAGAACUGACCUGUUCUGCGUGUUUCAAACCCUGA